AAUCAUAUCUCCUGUAACAUUAGCUAUUGCGGAAAAUCUUUUCCGUUGAUAUGCAAUUAAAAAGGUAAAAGAUCAUGAAUGAGAACAACACCUAGUGAAUAACAGUACAACCUAACACCAUAGCACACAAACUAAGAACUUGAGAUGUCCAAAAAAGCUCAAGUACCAUUGCCAAAGAGACCAGCACCACCAACCGUGGAUCAAAUACACGACGAUUUAAAAAACAUACCAGAAUCGGACCCUUUAUUUUCAAUUUUUAAAAAUUCUGAGACUGAUGACAUAACUGAGGAUACUGCAGAAAAGAAAAACGAAAUCAACAAAAUAUACAAAGACGCAUUUCACUUUAUAGAACUUCACCAUAAUUUAAAAGAAGUACCUGAAAAUUUAGAACUUUUAAGGAACUCUAUGGAAAGUGCGGGUAAAGAACUAAAAGAAUCAUUGCAGUUAAUGAAAGGACAGGCUAAUCUGCCUUCAAAAAAAUCAUAAAAAGUUUUAAUCCAACAAGGAACAGACAGUCAUUUCAAGGCAUUGUAGUGCAGAAAACACAGGGACGUUUUACCAUGAAGAAGUACGGAAAGCAGUCAACAUUCGGAUUGUAUAAAGGAUUUAAAUUCUUCUUGGUGUUUGAGAUAACAUUGAUAGCAGGGACUUACACUGUAUGGAGAACCUUGAAUAGGUCGCAAGAGUUCCGAAGAAAGAUGAGUAAAGAUUGGCCUCUGGUGUUGGAAAGUUAUUACAAAAUUGGUGAAUUUUUUGGUGGCGACGCAAUCAGGAACUAUGACAACAACACUUGGGGAAUUGACAAAACAGAGUAG